AGAGCAAGAAUGGUAUGAUGGAGCACAGUAAUUCAGUGCAAGUUGAGUGUCAGGCAAUAACUUCCUUGGAAGACCUAUUGGCAUGGAAUGAAGAAGAGAAGACACCACAUCAACCUGUCCAAAUUGCUAGGACACCUCUGGCACAGUUUGAUUGUAAUGGAAGACCAUUGGCUGGUUGUGAGCAGCCAAGGCUUCUUGUCUGCCAUGAUAUGAAGGGUGGUUAUCUGGAUGACAGGUGGUAUGGUGGUCACAAUGAUCCAUCAGCAUACACAUUUUACCACUGGUCUCUGGUGGAUGAGUUUGUCUACUUCAGCCAUGAGCUGGUGACAGUGCCACCCUGUGCCUGGGUGGAUGCUGCCCAUAUUCAUGGUGUCGCUAUAUAUGGCACGCUGAUGACCGAGUUUGACGCCGGCGCGACCAUCUGCCGCCGCCUGCUGCGCUCUGAGGAGACGGUGGACGCCGUCGUCGACCGGCUGGUGGCCGUCAGCCGACACCACGGCCUCGACGGCUGGCUGCUCAACAUCGAGAACCCGAUCGACACGCAGCAGCUGCCGACCCUAUCAUACCUGGUGCGCCGUCUCACCGAGAGGAUGCACGAGGCGGUGCCUCACUCGCGUGUCAUCUGGUACGACUCUGUGACCCGUGACGGCGAGCUACGCUGGCAGGACCAGCUCAAUGAGCUCAAUGAGUGUUUCUUCCGGCUGUGUGACGGCAUCUUCCUCAACUACUGCUGGACUCCGGCCGGUCUGGCGACGUCCCAGCGACGCGCCGGGCCGCGCCGGCGGGACGUGUACGUCGGAGUGGACGUGUUUGGCCGCGGCUGCCCGGGCGGGGGCGGCUUCAACUCGGUCCAGCCGGUGGCCGAGGCGCGCUGGCUGGGACUCUCUGCUGCCCUUUUCGCCCCCGGCUGGACCCACGAGCGGCUGGGUGCGGAGCGGUUCGCUGCCGCCGAGGACGCGCUGUGGGACCGGCUGGCGCCGCUGCUGCCCGUCUCCGGGCCGGCCCGGCUGCCCCUGGUCACCUCCUUCUGCCAGGGCCGCGGACUCAGGCGCUACAGCCACGGACAGGUGACGGACGAGUCUCCGUGGCACCGGCUGUCGUGUCAGCAGCGGCAGCCGAGCCACCUCCAGGGGAGCCGGCCGGCCGACCUGCCCCUGACAGACGCCGACGGCCGACCGGUGCCCGCCGCCUUCCAGCUCAGGUGCCCGGCCGCCCUCGGAGCGGCGGAGGACGGCGAGAGAGCGGAGAGGUGGCGGGCAGAGCGGCGGAGGAUCGAGGCCGUGUGUGCCGCCGGCGAGAGCCCGCUCCAGCCCGGCUGGCUGGCUCACCACACCCUGGAGGACGCGUUCGACGGCGGCGGCUGCCUGGCGCUGGCCAACCGCUCCGGCCGACGGGCCGUGUACAGGCUGUUCAGCUGUGAUCUGUCGCCUGAGGUGGGCGCCGGAGGGUCAUCGCUGGCCGUUCUGUACGCGCUGAAACCCACCGGCGGUACGACAGCGAACGACUGCGCUCUGUGCGCUGACCUCGCCGACCCAGCAGACAGCCGCGUGCAGCUGGUGUCGGCGGCCGCCGCCGCCGAGUACAGCUGGAAGGCCAGUGUGGAGUCGGACACCGACUCGGUCACCUGCCUGACGCCGCUGUCCGCCGACCGGCUGUGGGACGCGCCGCCGGCCGCCGCUCCGCCCGGCCCGGCCCAGGGCGGCUGGAUCACCCGACUGUACCGACUGAAGGGUCCGUCCGCCGGUCGGCCGCCGCGCCUCCGCUCGAUCGGAGUGUCCCUGCCGUCCGGCGGCUCCGCGCUGCUGGGCUACCUGGCCGUGCACGCCUGGCCAGGGUCGGAGACAGAGGAGUAGCCGCCGGCAGGUCAGGACUGGUUGAAAAUAAGAGUCAAGAGUAUCAGGGCUGAUCAGGUCUGGCUCACUGAAUGCGAACGAUCGGCCGCUCUGGUACGACAUCUACGAGG